AUGGCAGUAAUCAAGCGUGCAGUCGCGGUAGCAGUGCUGUUGUCUGGUGCCUCUGCCCUCCCCAGGCAGACAAAGCCAUACGUGAAGAGACAGGACCUGCCGCCUGCGGAUGAACGAGCACAAGGUGUUGUCGACACCUUCAGAACCGCUUGGGAAGGGUACUACCAAUAUGCAUUCCCAAAUGACGAGCUCAAGCCAGUUACGAACGGGUUCAGUAACUCACGAAACCAAUGGGGAGCAUCCGCUGUGGAUGCGUUGAGUACAGCUUUGGUCAUGCAGCAGAAGGACAUCGUCAAUCAGAUCAUUGACUAUAUCCCGACUAUCGACUAUUAUGAAACCCCGUCAGAGGUUUCCUUGUUUGAGACGACAAUUCGAUACCUGGCUGGAAUGAUCUCAGGCUACGACUUCUUGAGUGGACCUCUGGCCGAUCUCGCCGAUAACAAGACAAAUGUGGAUGCCCUGCUCGAGCAGUCCAAGAACUUAGCCAACGCACUAUCUUACGCCUUCGACACCCCCUCGGGCGUUCCGUACAACAAUCUCGACUUCAGUACACGCAGCAACGACGGAUCCAACAACGGGCUUGCCACCGUCGGCACUCUAGUCUUGGAAUGGGUCCGUCUCGCCGAUCUCACUGGCAACACGACCUACGGCGAGCUUGCCGAGAAAGGCGAAUCAUACCUUCUCAAUCCUAAGCCCGCCUCAAGCGAGCCCUGGCCGGGACUAGUAGGCUCAAGCAUCGACCCGAAGACAGGCGAGUUCACAGAUGCCAGCGGUGGUUGGACCGGCGGCACAGACUCCUUCUAUGAGUACCUCAUCAAGAUGUACGUCUACGACCCUACACGGUACAGCACCUACCUCGACCGCUGGGUCCUCGCCGUCGACUCCUCAAUCGCGCACCUCGCCUCGCACCCCACGCCCCGCCCCGACAUCACCUGGCUCGCCAUCUACAACGGGCAAAACAUUACCAAGAUCUCGCAGCACCUCGCCUGCUUCGACGGCGGCAACUUCAUCCUCGGAGGACAGGUCAUGGGCAAGCAGGAGUACAUCGACUUCGGCCUCGAGCUCGUCAACGGCUGCCACGAGACGUACAUCCAGACCGCCACGCGCAUCGGCCCGGAGACCUUCGGCUGGGACGACGCCAGCGUGCCCACCAACCAAUCCGCCUUCUUCAACAAGACGGGCUUCUACAUCCGCGACGGCGGCUACCAGCUACGCCCCGAGGUCAUCGAGUCGUACUACUACGCGUACCGCGCGACGGGCGACGAGAAGUACCAGGAGUGGGCGUGGGAUGCGUUCACAGCCAUCAACGCGACUACGCGGGUGGGAUCGGGCUAUUCCAGCAUCAGCAACGUGAAUGUUGCGGGUGGAGGAGGGUUUACGGAUUUCCAAGAGAGCUUCUGGUUCGCCGAGGUGCUGAAGUAUAGUUAUCUGAUUCAUGCGCCCGAGGCGGAGUGGCAGGUGGGCAAGGACGGGAAGAAUGCUUGGGUGUUUAAUACGGAGGCGCAUCCGUUUAAGGUUUUUGGUGGGGACGAGUCGUGA